ACGCCCUUCCCGGAAGUCGUGGUCAUGUUAUUGCAGCGGAUCAGAGCGCAGCUGUUUUGGGGCAGAACAGCCUGAGUCUUUAAGUCUCAGAUACUGUAUGUUAGCCUGUAUGCCCACCGUCUCCUCCCUGUCUCUCGUCUCUCUAGCCCCAUCUCUUUGCGGCUUGGCGUUGCUUCCUCUUCGGCGGCUGUCUCGUGCCGUUUUUGUGUGUUCGCGAGAGGAUGGUUUUGUCAACAUCCCAACAAGUCGCCAUGGCUUUCACGGCUGUGCUUUUCACGUUCGUCGUGCUGCCCAGGAUGUUUGGCGUCGGCGGCGGGACCGGGGCGAAGGAAACUAGGUUUGACCCUCGCUACACCCGAAAAGCAGCAGGUCUGGGCCCGGGCGCAGUGAGAGGUCAGCCCAUCGCCAACGCCCCCGGUACGCCUCAGACCCCCGAGAACAUGCUGCAGAUGAAGAAGCUGAUGGAGCAGGAGCUGAAGAGUGACAAGUUCAAAACCAACAACAACAAGGGCUACGUGUUCACACUGAUGCCUCUCUACGCCAUCGGAGUUGGAGUGUUUGCAGCCUACAAGUUUCUGAAGAUCAAGUCUACAGAUGACCAGGCACAGAAGGCCAAAUUUGCAAAAGGAGCCAAAAAAUCAGUGGAAGCAGAGAACCAGUUGAACGAGCUGGAGCAGAGGCUAGCGCAGACGGAGAGAAUGCUCAACUCCAUCCUCACACAGCUGGACCCGCUCACUAACUGUGUGAAGUCGGUGGCCCAGGAUCAAAAGAACGAGAUCAUGUCUCAACUCCAGACCAUCCGGCACCUGAUGAAGAAGAGAGGAAUGGACUGUCCACCCCUCAACAUCAACGAGGCAUCCUGCGAGCGUAACCUUGAGGACCUCAUAGAGAAACUGGAAGCCAACGACACCUCGGCAGCCAAAGCUUCCCUGGUGGACAAGCGGGCCUCUCAAGGCGCAGCAGAGGCGUCAGAAAAAGUCUACCAGAAGCAUUUGGAAGCUAAAGAUGAAGCCGCAACGGAGGGUGAAGAGAUGAAGCAGCUCAUACCAGAGGAAUCAGACGGGGGAACAGAGGAAGAAGGGAAGGCGGAGGAAGCGGAGGAGGAGGACGGUAAAGAAGAAGAAGAAGAAGAAGAAGAAGAGGAAGAAGGGUUGGAGGGCUCUGAGCUCAUGCCUUCACUAGAGGACUCAUAUGAGUCAAACAUUGAGGAGGUCGGAGCUGAACAGCGCGCGCCCGGCCUCAGGCGACGCAACAGGCCCGACUAAACUCACCGCAGGACAGAAAUGUGACAGAUUAUUAUUAAUAUUUAUUACCUGAAAAGGCUGUCUACAUAUUCACCAAAAACAUAUAUUGUACUCAUAAGAAACUAUAACCUCCUAAGGAAAGCUCCCUAACAGCAAACGCACACACUACCGGUCAAAAGUUUGGGGUCACUUAGAAAUUUCCAUUCCACUCCAUUAUAGACGG